UUUAUUCAAUGUGUCUGUUUCCACACCAAUAAACACUUUCAUUUCUGUUCAUCAAAAUUUUGUCUUUCACAUUUUUUGGCAUUUCGAAAUUCAAAGAUUCUAGAAUGAACUGCAAAUUGCGUCGUUUGGAUAUGCUGCGGUCGGGACAGCUGUCUGACUGCGAGGUGCGCGUCUGGUAUUCGGACAGGAGCAGCAGGUGCCAUCGCGUGUUCAGAUGCCAUCAGUUCCUGCUUGUCUCCGCCUCGGAGGAGUUUGGGCGGCUGUGCAGAUCGCCGUGCUUUGAGCGGAACCAUCGAGUGAUCGACUUGGACGAUGCCUCGCCGCAGGCGUACGAGGCGCUCAUCCUGUACAUCUACACGUACGAGGUGUGUAACGCCAUCAACCUGGAGAUGUGCGGCGAACUGAUGCGCCUGGCCAUGAAGCACAAGAUGUACGACUUCAUCGACUGCUACCUCACCAAGCUGUCCGCCCAGGAGUGGCCCAUGGAGGUGGUGCUGCAGAUAUUUCAUCUGGCCAAUCAACACAACAGCCCUGUCAUAAUGGAUCUGGUGGCAAAGAAAAUCCUCCCCAUUGCCACCAGAGUGUUGAACGAAAAUGUAUUCCUGCGACUGAACGUGCGCGAGCUUAAGGCUCUGAUGAUCAUCCUGAAGGCCGAGGAGAUCGUGCCCGACUCGGAACUGCUGGUGGCCCUCAAGAAGUACCAAGUGGCUAACCACCUGCGCUACUGUGACAUGGAGCGCUUCCAGCAGUUCGUUGAGGUGGCCCGACUCUUUGAAAAUGUCUAUUUCGCGGUGGAUGGUUCUCUAGCCAUCCGAAGAGGUGCGAACGAAACGAAAGAAAACGAUGCAGACCAGGCGGAGGAGCAGAACAACCUGGAUUGUGCUUGUUCACCCGAGCAGAAGGAACCAAACGAUCUGUGUUGCUGUGGCUCCAACCAACUGUUCGUUGAUUGCUCUCCAAUUGAACUGCAGGAGGAGGCGAAACAGGAGAAAGAUCCUAUGGCCAGAUCGUCCAAGCAGUCGAACCAUUCAAAUCACUCGAACUGCUCUCGAGUCGUUUUGGAGCAAGAUGGCAACAUGGAUUGUGGUUGUGGAGUCGUCCAGAAUCUAGAGAGCUGCCCUAGUGUCGUGGUGCAGCCAGAGAACGAUCCAAUGGUCAGUGGCUGUGGCUGUGGCUGUGGAGUAGUGCCACAGGAGAACGCGACUAUGGCCAGUUCUUCCAAGCAAUCGAAUCACUCGAACGGCUCUCGAGUCGAUUUGAAGCAAAAUAGCAACUUGGAUUGUGGCUGUGGCUGUGGAGUAGUGCCACAGGAGAACGCGACUAUGGCCAGUUCUUCCAAGCAAUCGAAUCACCCGAACGGCUCUCGAGUCGUUUUGAAGCAAAAUAGCAACUUGGAUUGUGGCUGUGGCUGUGGAGUAGUGCCACAGGAGAACGCGACUAUGGCCAGUUCUUCCAAGCAAUCGAAUCAAUCGAACGGCUCUAGAGCCGUGGUGAAGCAAAACAGCAACUUGGAUUGUGGCUGUGGAGUCGUGCAGAAGGCAGAGAUCGGUCCUAGAGUCGUGGUGAAGCAGGAGAACGAUCGUAUGGCUAGUUCUUCCAAGCAAUCGAAUCCCUCGAACGGCUCUAAAGCCGUGGUGAAGCAAGAUAUUAACAUCGAUUGUGGUUGUGGAGCCUGUCAGAAGGCAGAAAACAACUCCAUAGUCGUGGUGAAGCAACAUUACAACCUGGAUUGUGGUUGUGGACCCAGUUCCUCCAUUCGAAGCCACUCGAAAGGCUCUCGAGGCGGAAAGUCAACCAGCGCUGGCUGUGGUUGUGGUGUGGAUGUGGAGAAGCAGAAGCCCAGCAAGAACGACAGCCGUUAACAAGCUUUGACGUGGGGGCGUCGGUUCUUUAUUGAGAUUUGGAUAUAUAUAUAUUUGAUAAAUCAAAAUUAUCGCUUUA